AUGGAAGAAAAUGCAAACACCAGUUUGGAAGAAGAUUUCGAAGGACAAGCAACACACACAGGGCCCAAAGGUGUGAUCAAUGACUGGAGAAAGUUUAAAUUAGAAAGUGAAGAUAAAGACUCCUUACCCUUGAGCAAGAAAGAAAUUCUUAGACAAAUGUCUUCACCACACAGGUCCUUCAGUAAAGAUGAUAAAGAUACCAGAGAGAGAUUCUGCCGUAAGAUGAGUAUGCAGGAGUAUGAAUUAAUAAAUGAUGAGAAAGAAGAUGAAAGUUGCCUACAAAAAUACCGUAAGCGCUGCAUGCAAGAUAUGCACCAAAGGCUGAGUUUUGGGCCUAAAUAUGGCUAUCUGUGCGAGCUGCAAAAUGGAGAACAGUUCCUGGAAGCCAUUGAAAAAGAACGUAAAACUACCACUGUCAUUGUUCACAUUUAUGAAGACGGAGUCAAGGGCUGUGAUGCUCUGAAUAGCAGCUUAACCUGCCUUGCUGCCGAGUACACUACUGUGAAGUUCUGCAAGAUCAAAGCCUCUAAUACUGGGGCUGGAGAUCGCUUCUCAGACGAAGUGCUUCCCACUCUGCUCAUCUAUAAGGGUGGAGAGCUUCUGAGCAAUUUCAUCAGCGUUUCUGAACAAUUCAAUGAGGAAUUCUUUGCUGUGGAUGUGGAAUCUUUCCUAAACGAGUAUGGGUUGCUACCUGAAAGGGAGCUUCCAGCACUGGGAAAUGUCAACACGGAUGAGCAAGAUGUUGAAUAG